AUGGCUUUAUCUUCUAUUUUCAGCGGUAAUAACAAUAAUGCAGAACAACAACAACCAACCAAUACCACUACUACCAAAACUCCACUAGUAUCCGAAUUAAAGCAACAAAUUUCUCAGGAGUUAGCCAUUGCUAAUGCUACUGAAUUAGUUAAUAAAGUUACUGAAAAUUGUUUCGAAACAUGCAUGAAAACCCCAUAUGCUGAAGGUAAUGAUUCAUGCGUUGAUUCUUGUUUGGCUAAGUACAUGAGAAGUUGGAAUUCUAUUUCAAGAGCUUAUAUCCAAAGAAUUCAACAAAGUCCAGAUAAAAAUGCCUAA